GAGAGAGAGAGAGAGAGAGAGAGAGAGAGAGAGAGAGAGAGAAAGAGAGAGAGAGAGAGAGAGAGAGAGAGAGAGAGAGGGAGGGCGCACGUACGUCGCAGUAGCUCCGUAUUACUUAGCUAUAUUUGCGACGCAACGCAUCCUACAGUCUCUAUUUUUUUAAUAGCUAGUGUAUAAACAUACGCACUAUAGCUAAAUAAGGUUUAUACCUUAUAAUGUCUCUCCACACACUAAAUACUACUGAAAAUAUACUAUUAGAGAGACACGCCCUGAUUUGAACUAGCGCGUGCGCGAGCGGACGUUUGGGGAAUCACUGAUAAGGACCUGACCGUGGUUAUCAACGCCUUGACCAUUGUCAACCCUUUUCCUCUGUCUCUAUGUCUGUUUAUUUUUUUCUCUCCCACUUCUCUCACUUGGUGUAUGUGAGGAGAACUCAGCCUUGGGUGAAAUAACACCGUCCAGCCUCCCAGAGUAUGCCAUACACCCCCUCCUAAAACACCGAACAGCCGAGUUAUAUCACCCCUAGUGCGCCUAAUUACAGCAUCGCUCACCUCAACCAAUUAUCAAAAAUGGCCACUGUAGCCCAUUGCUGUGCUUGUACUACACGAAUCUGCUCCAAUUGCAUAUGUACAAGAAGUGGAAGAUAUUGCACAUCGUGCAGAGCUGGGCAACAAUGCCAAAACAGAUCCCAACCAGCCAGAGUGCGAACAGAAGCAGAGACAGAUAGCAUAGUAGGAUCUCAAAUGAAUAAUACAGGGCACGAAUCUCAACAACCGGUAAUCACUCAGGUGGAAGGAGACUCUUCUCCGACCCGAUACUGGCGAAACAUGUCAAUUGAAGAUGCAACAAUGCUAACGGAAAACAUAUACAAGAAAAUAGUUACUUUCUCCCCAAGCAAUCUGUUCGACAUUCCAAAAUGCAACGCAACGAAAGACUUAAUUAAGGAAGUCGAAUUCUUAAUUAAAGAGUACACAAACGGCAGCUUCCUCCAACCGAUUGCUCUGAAAACAAUCGCUAUUCUACCUCAUCUCAUAUGCCAAAGAACACAUACAAAAUCCAAGACCGCAGAUGAUGUAAAGGCUAUGAAAAGGAGGAUGGAGCGAUGGAAAGUAGGAGAUGUUACUGGACUCCUGAAAGAGGCAAAUAACCUACAGGAAAGACACAGAAAAAACAAUUGCAACAAGAAAAGAGAUGGACAAAUCAAGGAAAUUUGCCAGUCUAAUGAAACAAGGCAAAGUGACAAAGGCAGUAAGGGUCGUAACAUCAAAUGAAACAACAGGGACAUUACCCUUAAAUGAAAACACCCGUCGCUUGCUCAAUGAAAAGCACCCGCCUGCAAAGGAAGCGGCGGCGGGAACGAUGUUUCGUGGAGAGUAUAAUCCCCCACCUCCGGAGAUCUUUGAGCGAAUUACCGGCGAAAAGAUAAGAACACAUGCAUUGCACACACAUGGUGCAGCUGGACCUUCUGGACUCGAUGCAAAGGCAUGGAAAACCAUCCUGAGCAGCAGCAAGUUUGGGUCAGCUGCAAAUGAUCUUUGCAAAGCCAUUGCAUCUCUUGCUAGAAAACUCGCAACAGAAAACUGCAACAACCUGGAUGCCCUCACAGCUUGUCGUUUAAUUGCCCUCGACAAGAAGCCCGGAUGCCGCCCCAUUGGCAUUGGAGAAGUCUUGCGACGAAUCAUCGGCGAGGCAAUCAUGAAUGUUGUCGGAGACGACGUUAGACAAGCCGUGGGAAAUCUACAGGUGUGUGCAGGUCAACAGGCAGGGUGUGAGGCAGCAAUCCACGCCAUGAGAAACAUCUAUGAAGAGCCGGAUUGUCAGGCCGUACUCAUGGUGGAUGCUACAAAUGCCUUCAACAACAUCAACCGGAAGGCAACAAUCCACAAUAUAGAGGUCAAAUGCCCAAGCCUCGCACAAUACAUUAAGAACACCUACAACAACCCAGCAGAGCUCCACAUAGUCGACAAUAAAACAAAUACCUAUGAAAUGAUAGCUUCAGCCGAGGGCACAACACAAGGUGACCCAGUUGCCAUAGCGAUGUACGCCAUCGGUCUCCUCAGGCUACAAACAAUAAUUGACCACACAACAACAAAUAUAAAGCAAGUUGCCUAUGCCGACGACCUGACCGGAGCAGGGAAAAUUGAGAACAUAAGGAAGUGGUGGAAUCUCAUUCAGACACAUGGCCCUCCACAAGAAUAUUUUCCGAACGCCGCCAAAUCGGUUUUAAUUGUAAAACCGGAAUAUCUCGGACAAGCCAGAGAAGCCUUCCGAGAAACAAACGUGAUUAUAAAGGCCGGCGGUGAAAAACACCUUGGGGCAGUUCUUGGCACAACAGCAGCCAGGGAAGAAUACAUAACAAGGAAAGUGGAUGAAUGGAGAAGGGAAGUGAUAGAGCUGGCAGAAAUCGCAAAGAAGGAACCGCACUCGGCAUAUACCGCCUUCACCUUCGGUAUCAAACACAAGUGGAACUUCUUAAUGCGAACUAUACCUAACAUCGAGCCUUUACUUUCACCACUUGAGGAAGCAAUUGUAAAGCACUUGAUCCCAGCACUAUCAGGUGGAAGAAAUCCCACUGCCAACGAGAGAGCCAUACUCGAACUUCCGCCAAGGCUUGGGGGACUCGGCAUAACAAACCCGAGUAAAAUAGCGGACAUGGAGUUCCAAAACUCUGUCAAGCUCUCAGCCAGCCUGACUCAAGCCAUAAUAACACAAGAAACAUAUACACAGCCUGAUACAACACAACAAAAAACAAUCAAAAUGGAAAUUACAAAAAAUAGAGAAACAAAGCAGAGGGCACAACUUCAAGAACUAACCUCUAUAAUUACUGAGGAUAUGAAAAGAAGAAUGAGUAUGGCACGCGAAACCGGCGCCUCUAACUGGUUGACCAGUCUCCCCAUCAAAGUCAAAGGGUUUAGUUUAAACAAACAGGAGUUUGUGGACGCACUUGCCCUGAGAUAUGGUUGGCCAAUAGAGGACCUGCACCAGCACUGCACAUGCGGUUCGGCUUUCGACCCCAACCAUGCCAUGACGUGCGAGACGGGAGGCUUCGUUUGCAUGCGCCACGACGAGGUGAGGGACGUGACUGCACAAAUGCUUGGCGAGGUGUGCCGCGACGUGAGGAUCGAACCUCCCCUCAUCCCCACAGAAGGGCGCAACUUCUCACUCCAAUCCGCCAACACUGCAGACGACGCCAGAUUAGACAUCAGUGCCAACAGUUUCUGGAUACGAGGGCAACGGGCCUUCUUCGACAUACGAAUCUUCAACCCUAUGGCCACGAGCAACCGAUCCCAGGAACUCCUCUCUGCUCACACUAAGCAUGAGAACAACAAAAUGAGGGAGUAUGGCGAACGCGUCCGAGAAGUCGAGCAAGAGAAAAGGCAGCAACAGAAGAGCGCCGUCGUUGCAUGGAUGAGGUGUCGAUUGGCCUUCUCACUACUACGGUCUUCACUGCUCUGUCUACGAGGAACAAGGAACAAACCGGCAAUGUACACUAGUCUCAAGGAUUUAGAUAUAGAGGAAACUGUUGUAAAUAGUAGAAUAGAAAGAAAUAUGUAAUUGUAAACAAAAGUAAUAAAGGUUAAAAUACAUCUCCCUAAAAUAAGUUGGAUAUCGACCACAGCCACUGGCGAGGACGGGGCCAGUGGACUGUUCUGUGAAAUAUUAUUGCAUAUAUAUUUCACAACACAGAGACUCGUUUGAAACGAAUAGGAGGUCGAGUUACCCGCGGAGAGUAAAAAAAAAAAGAGAGAGAGAGAGAGUGAGAGAGUGUGUGAGAGAGAGUGAGAGAGUGUGUGAGAGAGAGUGAGUGAGUGAGUAAGGGAGAGAGAGGGAGAGAGAGA